CAUCCAACGCAGCUUCCGAUCAGUGUGAGCGCGUACCGCUGCUGACCACCAGGCCGAACAUAAAACCACAGCAAACGUUGGCGACAUGGGCAAGAAAGGUGGGGACGCAAGCAAAGCCAAAGUCAAGGAUGCAAAGGACGAAGGUUCCAGCAAGGACAAGUCAAAGCUGAAGCCGGCAAACGCCAUCAACGUCCGCCACAUCCUGUGCGAGAAGCACUCGAAGAAGGAAGAAGCGCUCGAGAAGUUAAGAAAUGGCGCCAAGUUUGACGAAGUGGCUAGGGAGUUCUCUGAAGACAAAGCACGGCAAGGUGGAUCGUUGGGCUGGAAAACCCGAGGAAGCCUUAUCAAAGAGUUCGAGGAUGUAGCGUACACGUUGGAGCCAAGUACGACGGCAAGCCCUAAGUGGGGCGAGGUGAAGACGAGAGAGGGUUAUCACAUUAUGAUGGUGGAGGGCCGAAAGUAAGAAAUUCACGACGUCGAAUCUGAUGACAGCGUUGCGUGAAGUGUAUCAAGAUUGGGCUCAAGACGAUGAGCAAUGACGCAUCAUGAACAACUUUGUAUUGAUUAUCGCAAACGGCGCCUUCUCUGUACCCUUUUCCCGUGCUAACUCGUCGUUACGCGAAGAAUGGGUGCGAACCAGAAGUCGUUUGACUUCUUCCUCUUCGUGACGCGUAGAUACCACACUCUGUUCAACUUUCCCAAGAGGCAUUGUUUGCUGUGAUCAUCACACUUCGCUGCUUACAAGCGCCAGUCCGCCGCGUACAAAUGAGAUGUGCUCAUCAUCCUC